AACAAAAACAAACGUUGUUGUUAUUGUUAUAUAUAUUGUCUCUCCCUAUAAAAACCUCAAACGCAAUCCACAUCGUAUCUUCAUCUAUUACUUUCUUUCUUCUUAUUUGACUUUUUAUCUCUCAAAAUCAAAUUUCAAUUUCAAUUUCUCCCAAUUAAGUCAUAACCAUGUCUUCUCAGACUGUUGUUCUCAAAGUUGGUAUGUCAUGUGAAGGAUGUGUUGGAGCUGUGAAGAGAGUUCUGGGGAAAUUGGAUGGUGUGGAAUCAUAUGACAUUGAUUUGAAGGAACAAAAAGUGGUAGUGAAAGGAAGUGUUGAGCCCGACACAGUUCUGAAGACAGUUUCCAAAACUGGGAAGCCAACCGCCUUUUGGGAAGCUGAAGCAGCAUCUGAGACUAAAACCGAGUAACUGUUGCUAAAUCAUUUGGUUCAAUUUCUGUGUGAGAUAAAUAGUUCUGUAGAUCAAAUACUACUAUUUGAUGAAUUUGUAAUAGCAAUGGAAUAUGUCUUCUGAUAUAUUCUUGGUGUGCUACAAUAAGACCUGCAUAAAUGUUGCUACUUUUCAAAGCUAUGCUACUGUAUUAAUGUGCUUUUAUUGAAAAUUCGACUUUUCCGUUA